AUGAUGGCAGACGCCAACAAGACUACAUCCUCAUGCUGCCGCUCUGGCUCUCCAAAGCUGCCUAUUCCCAGGAUAAAUAUACCCUCAGAGGACCUCAAGACCACCCUGCUUGUCAAUAAUAUACACUGUGCCUCCUGCGUGGCCUACGCAAAGGAAGUCCUACAUGGUCUCCCUGACAUCAAAACCGUCGAGAUCACCAUUCUCGCGCACGAAGUUACAGUCCUUCAUGGUUCCGAAACAAAUACCUCGGAUCUAGUCAAGGCUCUCUCGGAUGCUGCGUUUGAAGUAUACCACGCUGAUACCUACAAUGAGUCUGGUGUCAAAGUCGGGGAUCUGGACACUUCCUCGUCAGUAGGCAGCACAUGGUUGGAGUCUGGUAUCCUCAACUCUCCUCAGUCCCGAAAGGUACUAGGGAGGCUACGGCCUGUUUCUCCCGAUACUCGAAAGACGCAUCAUAUCGAAAACUGCUUGGUCUGCAGAGAGGAAUUUGGUGCUGGGUCCAAUCAGAGUCAUAAGGGAGACCAACUAGAAGUCCCCCCUCCAACCCAAUCUGGCGUUGUUUCUGCAGUAGAGACACUGAGACGAAUAAGCCCGCAGUUAUCGAGUCCUAUACCUCGAUCAGCAGUCACCCCGGCAGUCCCGCCAUCCACAAAAGAUGUGGCCAAACCCCCACCGAGCACUGGCGACGAGAUAUUCGAGGCUCAGCUGAGUAUUGGUGGAAUGUCAUGCGCUUCUUGUGCCAAUGCGGUCACAAGCGAAAUUAACUCUUCCAGCCACGUUGUUUCGGCUACCGUUAGCCUCCUUACAAAUAGUGCUGAAGUAGCAUUCCGCGGCCCAAAGGAAAAUAUUGAGAAAAUCGCAACCCAGGUCAAAGAUAUCGGUUUCGAGGCCUCGGUAGAGAAGGUGUAUCUUAAAAAGAGCCGUCUCGAGGAUGCUUAUGUCGCAGAUGUGAGCAUCAAGGGUAUGACAUGUAGCUCCUGUGUUGGGUCUGUUACCAGGGCACUGGACGCCUGCCCUUACAUUACCAACGCUACUAUACAUCUCCUGGGAAACUCAGGGAAGAUAGAAUUCCAGGGGAAGGAGAACCUGGAGGAUAUCAUCUCCAGAAUUGAUGACUUGGGGUUUGAAGCUGCCAUUGUGGAUUGCAAGCCCAUAGGCAAUAACUCUUCCAUUGCCAAUGAGGAAGUGAAAAGGAGGACUGUCCAGAUCAAAGUCGAGGGCAUGUUUUGUCCCCAUUGCCCUCAAAAGAUUCUUGGUGCCCUCAGAGGAAUUCCGGACGCAGCAGUGACAAUUAUCGAGGAACUUACCUUGGAAGAGCCAAUUCUCACUCUUUCAUAUACCCCAAACUCUCCAACUCUUACCAUACGAAAUAUCAUUGCUACUAUUGAUGGUGCGAAUGAAGUCUUCACGGCGAGUCUUUACCACCCACCUACCAUCGAGGACCGCUCUCGAGCUAUGCAAAUGCACGAACAGAAACGGCUUCUCCUUCGUCUUCUGUUCACGUUCAUUGUUGGUAUUCCCGAAUUCCUCAUUGUUCCGAAGUCAAACAGUAUUCGAAGAUAUCUCGAGGAACCUAUGUGGAUUGGAUCCGUUUCUCGCGCAGAAUGGGCUCUUUUCAUCCUCACCACUCCCGUCAUGUUUUUUGGUACUGAUGUCUUCCAUGCUCGUGCUUUCAAAGAGAUUCGCGCUUUAUGGAGACCAGGGAGCCGUGUGCCUAUACUCAGACGAUUCUACAGAUUUGGUAGCAUGAACAUGCUCAUUUCUGCUGGGGCAAUGGUUGCAUAUUUCGCCUCCUUAGCUGUCCUUAUUUUGAAAUCCCGUAUACCUGACAAGGGGCGCGAGCCAGGAGAAAUAGCAACCUACUUCGACACAGUCGUUUUUCUAACCCUCUUUAUUCUUGUUGGUCUUGCUCUUGAGGCAUACAGUAAAGCAAAGACCGGUGAUGCAGUCGCCAUGCUAGGCAAACUUCGACCCUCUGAUGCCAUCCUGGUUCUUGACCACGUUUUAUCUGGCCAACCUGACCCGAACAACACCUCAAUUCAACGUGUUCCUGUUGAUCUGCUAGACAUUGGUGACAUUGUUGUGAUUCCACAUGGAGGAUCUCCUCCUGCUGAUGGAAAUAUAACCGGGACAACUCCUACAACUACAAAAUCCAAAGGAGACAAGGUUUUCUCCGGCUCAGUCAAUGUUGGACGACCAGUAUCAAUUGAGAUCACUGAUCUAGGAAGCACAUCCAUGCUUGACCAAAUAGUGGCAGUGGUACGGGAAGGUCAGGCAAAAAGGGCACCAGUGGAACGUAUUGCUGAUGCUAUAACCGGAUACUUCGUACCUAUGAUUACUUUGAUUGCUAUAUUAACAUUCAUAGUUUGGCUUAGUUUGGGACAAUCCGGAGUUCUUCCCCCUGACUAUCUAGAUUCAGAACAAGGAGGUUGGCCUUUUUGGAGUUUGCAGUUUGCGAUUGCUGUCUUUGUUGUUGCAUGCCCAUGUGGCCUUGCCCUUGCUGCUCCAACGGCCCUUUUCGUUGGCGGGGGAUUGGCUGCAAAACGAGGUAUCCUUGUGAGAGGCGGGGGAGAGGCAUUCCAGGAAGCAAGUCGAUUGGAUUCCAUCGUUUUUGACAAGACCGGGACACUCACCGAGGGGGGUGAUCUUAAGGUGUCUGACCAUGAAGUACUCAUUACCGAUGAGAAUGAUCUCCAAAUUGCAUGGGCACUAGGCAAGGCGCUAGAAGAAAGCAGUACUCAUCCCAUUGCUAGGGCCAUAGUCGAAUUUUGUUCUGACAAAACGGCUGUUACGGUUAAACAAACCUCCGUUGAAGAGAUACCCGGCCAUGGAAUGAAAGGUUCCUUCACAGUCCGCCUGGAUGGCAAUGAUCAAGCACUUGAGUACGAAGCAUCGAUUGGCAAUCAGCGUCUAGUCGACCUUUUAUGCGGAGAAGAUCCAGACUUAUAUUUCUUACCUAACAUACUGUCUCGAUAUCAUUCUGCCGGCAAAUCAUCUGCAGUUCUUUCUAUACGCAAAGCAAAUGGAACAGCAAGGUUUGCUCCAGCCAUUAUAUUUGCAACCUCGGAUCCCCUCCGCCAUGAAGCUGCACAGGUAGUGUCCCAGCUCCAGGCCAGGAAUAUCGAUAUCCAUAUGUGCACAGGGGACAAUGCUGUAACAGCUCAUGCUGUAGCUUCAGUGCUUGGGGUCCCUAGGUCAAAUGUCAUAGCAAAUGUCCUCCCAUCUCAAAAAGCAGAAUAUAUUAAAAAGGUGCAGAACAAUGAAUUAGGAAUCAAGGCCCAACUCUGUACAAAAUCGAAGGCCAAAACCAGGAGAAACAUUGUUGCUUUUGUUGGUGAUGGUACCAACGAUUCCCCUGCUCUCGCGGCUGCAGACGUUAGCAUUGCCAUGGCAUCGGGCUCUGACGUUGCUGUGAACACUGCAGGAUUCAUUCUUCUCAACUCAGACCUAAACACUAUUCUUGAUCUCUGCAAGCUGAGUCGCCGUGUUUUUAACCGUGUAAGGUGGAAUUUCCUCUGGGCAGCAAUAUAUAAUGUCUCCCUUAUCCCGGUUGCCGCUGGAGUCUUUUAUCCCAUUGUCAGUGGACAUACAGUGCGUGAUGGAAUUGUUAUAAACAACCAUUGGAGACUAGAUCCAGCUUGGGCUGCCCUUGCCAUGGCUCUUAGCAGCGUGUCAGUUCCGGAAUAA